GUCCUGGCGUUUAAAGGACUGACGAGGUGCUGCGCCAUGUGGCGGUAGUGCGCGGUGCGGUGGGCAUGUCGCGCGGGUAAGGAGCGGCGCGGUGCUGCGAUGCGGCGGUAGCGGCGGCCCCCGCCAGCAUGGCCGACGACAACACCAUCAUCGAGGGCACCGUCAAGUUCCGCGACGGGAAGAAGUGGAAGUCGCGGUGGUGCGUCAUGCGAAAGCUGUCCCCAGUCGCAGACUGCGUGCACGUGCUGGUGUACCGCGACGCGCGCGCGCGCUGGGGCGGGGCCAGCAAGGCGUCGCUCUCCCUGCAGCACUACCUGGGCUGCGAGGCGGGCUUCACGCUCGACAAGCACUCGCACACGCUCGCGCUCAUCUGCGCGGACUUCACCGCCGUGCUCGCCUUCGAGACCCGCGAGCGACUCAUGCAGUGGCAGGUGAAGGUGAGCGCGCAGCUGGGCGAGGCGCGGCAGUACCUGGUGCUGGUGGGAGCUGCGGGGGCGGGGGUGGCGGGAGGGGUGGGGGGUAGGCGGCUGGCGGCCGGGCCCGCGCGCCUGCAUCUGCGCGGUCGCCGCCUGGCGCUUACCGCCGGCGUCCCGCCUAAGCUGCUCGGCGUCUGGGAGAUCGCGCACCUCCGGCGCUACGGGGUGAUCGACGGUCGGUUCUGCUUCGAGGGCGGGUCGCUGUGCGGCAAGGGGGAGGGGCUGCACGUGCUGGUGACGGACCAGGCCGCGGAGAUCGCGCGGGACUUCGACCUCGCCUCGCGCGGCCAGCUCUCGCCCAGGAGGCGGGCGUCGGCGAAUAGAAACAUUUCCGGGAGCACGAACUCGCUGAGGAAGCGGGAGCGGUCGUUCGAGGCGGUCGGGGAGCGGGCAGCGCCGCCGUCGGACCUGCGGCUGUACUCGGAGGGGGGCGAGGGCGCGGCGUCGCCCUGCUGGAGCGGCGACCUGGGGCUGGGCGACACGGCGAGCGUGUGCGGGACGGCGGGCGCGGGGGACGGGCCCUGGGGCGGCGUGGCGCUCGAGCGCUGCAUGAGCUGCAUCUCCAAGCUGGGCGCCCUGUCGCGAUCGUCCACGGCGGCCUUGACGCCCGGCGCGCGGCACUUCGCGCCCGCCUGGACGAUGGACGCCGUGGACGAGGCGGCCGGCGAGCACCCCUCCCCCGCGCGCGACGACGUGUGCCAGUGCUCGGCCCGCCCACCCGAGCGCCCACCGAAGCCCACGAGGCCGGAGCCGGCCGGGCCGCGGAAGCCCCCCAUGCCGCUGCCCAUCCGGUCCUUCAGCCACGCGCAUCUCUCCUCCAUCGGCGAGGACACGGCCAACCUCGGACCUUAUGAGAACUACGACGUGCCAAAAAUACCAUCCGCGGAGGUGGACGGAGAGUACUACGACACGCCAAAGAGACUCAAGGAUUGCAUGAGUAAUGAUCUGUUUAAAAUUACGAAAAAUUCAAAUCCAAAUACGCUCAUACUUAAAAAACCUUGCGGAUGCCUGCUCAAGUUCGGCAAGAAACAGAAGCAGCCGACUGUCAUAGACACCGACGAGAGUUUCCAGCAGGCCAGCUGCCCCUGCCAGCGGGUCACCGACUGGGCCAACAGCUGGAUCAGGCUGCCCUACUGCAAGUCCAACGCCGAAAAGAACGACGAUACGGCGCCAAAUAAAGAGAAUUUAAAACCGAACGCGGACGACGCGAAAGCUCUGUACGCGACUAUAGAUCUCUCGCGAAAAACGAGGAGAAAAGCGGCUCAGGCCAGCUUCUCGGCGACCGGCAACCCGAUGAGCCGGAGCGUCGACUCCGGCAGCGUCGAGAUCGACGACGGCCCACUGGCCAACUACGAAAAUUUAAGUUUCGCCCUGUCGCUGGAGCACUACGAGAACGCCAAGGAUCUCCUGAGAAAGGCUGGCGUGACGCAGGCCGAGCUCGACGCGCUCACCGCCAACCUGCGCCCCGCCCUCGCGCUCGACGGUCUCCAAUGCGACGGCGCCGGUGCCUGCGCCGGGUGCGGCCCGCGGGGGAGGAGCUUCAGGGGCAGGAGGUCCGCGACCGACGAGUACCUGCUGAUGGAGCCCAACUCGCUGGAGGGCGGCAAGCUGGAGCGGAACAGGACGCUCGCGUCCGGCUACACCCCCAUGUCCCCCAUCGGCACGUUCGCCUUCCACACGCUCAAGCACCCGGCGAAGAGUCCCGUCGGCCGCCUGCUGGAGGAGAAGUCGGCGAGCAACCCCGCGCUCUGCCGCCCCGACGACCCGCGGGCGGGCGCCGCCGCCGUCGACGCCGUCGAGACGCGAGGGCCGCACGACCGCGCCGAGUACAGAAAGCGGUCGAGCUCGGCGGACUCGUCGCGAUUCCUGGAGGAUGCGAAGGAGUUCGCCGGCAGCCGCGGCUCGUCCGUGGAGACGCUGCGGGACAUCGCGCGCGGGCCGACGCCGUGUGACUGCGCCAAGCACUCGGACGCGGACAGCUCGGGGCCGCCGCCGGCCGGCACGCGCGAUUCGUCCAGCUCCAAUGACUCGGGCGUGUCGUCGUGGUCGUUGCGCGCGGGCUUCGAGCUGCCGGCGACGACUGCAGCGGCGCGGCGGCGUUACCGCAGCGCGCGCCGCGACGCCUCCCCGCCCCCGGCGCGCCGCGCCCGCUCCACCCCCGCGCACGCCUCGCCCGCGCCCGCCGCGCCGACGCACAAUACCACGCACGACCACAAGUGCUGCUCCGCCGAGGCCGAGGUGCCCGUUCUCACCGUCAAACCGUUGCGAGGAGUGGCGGACACGCACAGCACGUCGUCGGGCACGUCGGACAUGUCGGACUACAUCGAGACGCUGUCCAUCUGCUCGUCGCACUCGUCGUCGGACACGCCCGUCACCAUGAGGGUGUUGCGGCAGACGACGAGCACGCUGCGGCCGCGCUCGGGCAAGGAGUACCGCCCGCACCCGCACCUCUACACGGACCUGCCCUAGCCGCCCUAGCCGCCCUAGCCACCCGCUCUCGCCCGGCGGACGCCGACUCUCUAUAGCAAUAGACUUGUGAUCGAUAUUUCAAUUUGCCUUUAACUGUCGUUAAAAUAUAUUUAUAUUUGCAGUGUUUAUCGCUAGUAGAAUCGAAAUUAACGUGUAAUUACUAAUUAGAUGAUACUGAUGUCACUUCUCGAGUGCGAUGCGCGUGCGGCGGCCGACGACGGGACAGAAUACAGCUGCAGGGUCUUGAACUUGUGACAAUGUACGCAGUACGCGGUACAGUCCCGAGCAAAGUAAAAUAGCGUCGAAACUGAUCAUUAUUGAGAUUAUCA